AAAAAUGCGUACAUUAUGCUAGUUCCAACAAUUGUGACAAAAAAAGUGUAGUGGGUACACACCCACAAAACUUCACUUGUUGGAUCCACCUCUACGAUUCCUCUACAAUGUCAAUCCAACUGUGACACCGUGUUAUAACUACAUUCAGUUGGAGUCAUUUAACUCUUCCAUUUAGUAAAUCGCACAUUGCAAUUUUGAAUCAUUAAUUGAGUAAGUUGAAAAUUGAUUCAGUUGUCCCAUGGCAGGUCCUAAAACACCCCCGUACUAUAGCCCAACCUACAAAAAGAAUGGAGCAAACUUCCCGCCUCACUCGAUAAGAAUCAAUGUUUAUACAUUGGCUAUCACCUUUACAGUCCUCUGCUCUAUCGCAUAUUUCAUAGGCAGAGGAUCCAUUUACACCUUCCCUGCUUCUAAUGUUGCUGCUACCAUCCCCUGCAUACCCUUGAAAAUCACUUCCACCACUGAUUUUUCCAAUAAUUCAUCAGCUUCGUCCACACAAGUGGACUUCACCGCUAGCCACGGUGAUGAUGAAGGUGAAGGCGUGGUUGAUGGUGUCAAAGUUUACCCACCAUGUGACAUCAAAUAUAGCGAGUAUACACCCUGUGAAGAUCCUCAUCGAUCGUUGAAAUUCAAGAGGGACAGACUGAUUUAUAGGGAGAGGCAUUGCCCUGACAAGAGUCAGUUGUUGAAAUGCCGUGUCCCCGCACCUUAUGGUUACAAGAAGCCGUUCAAGUGGCCCAAGAGCAGGGAUCUGGCAUGGUACGCCAAUGUUCCCCACAAGGAAUUGACGGUGGAGAAGGCUGUUCAGAAUUGGAUUCGGAAAGAAGGAGACAAGUUCAGGUUCCCUGGUGGAGGGACUAUGUUCCCUAAUGGUGCCGAUGCCUAUGUGGAUGACAUUGACAAGUUGAUCAAUCUCAAAGAUGGUUCCAUUAGGACGGCCAUUGACACGGGCUGUGGGGUGGCGAGUUGGGGAGCUUAUCUUUUGUCGCGAGAUAUCCUAGCAAUGUCAUUUGCACCCAGGGAUACACAUGAAGCACAAGUUCAAUUUGCUCUUGAGCGAGGCGUUCCUGCACUGAUUGGAGUGCUCGCGUCAAAGAGGCUUCCAUAUCCAUCUAGAGCUUUUGAUAUGGCCCAUUGCUCUCGUUGCCUUAUUCCAUGGAACCAGUAUAAUGGUGUGUACUUAAUGGAAGUUGAUAGAGUCCUGAGACCCGGUGGAUACUGGAUACUCUCCGGCCCACCAAUCCGUUGGAGGAAAUAUUUCAAAGGCUGGGAAAGAACCAGAGAUGACCUUAAUGAUGAGCAAACCAGAAUUGAAGACGUAGCUAAGAAACUCUGCUGGAAAAAGUUUGUUGAAAAGGAUGACAUUGCAAUAUGGCAAAAGCCCUACAAUCAUUACCAGUGCAAAGAACAAAAGAAGAAGUCUAUGUGUCCUGCCCAAGAUCCUGAUAGAGCCUGGUACACGGAGCUUGAAACGUGCAUAACUCCCAUGCCUGAAGUCUCAACUGACGAAGAUGUGGCUGGUGGACAAUUGGAAAACUGGCCUAAAAGAUUACAUGCGAUACCACCGAGGAUUAGCAGUGGAACUGUCAAUGGGGUCACGGCUGAAUCAUUCGAGAAGGAUUCACAGCUAUGGAAGAAAAGAGUUGGUUAUUACAAGAGUGUCGACCACAAACUCAACCAACCAGGGAGAUACAGAAAUCUCUUGGAUAUGAAUGCUCACCUUGGUGGUUUUGCUGCUGCUUGGGUUAAUGACCCUGUUUGGGUUAUGAAUAUUGUUCCUGCUGAAGCAGAGGUCAACACACUUGGUGUCAUUUAUGAACGAGGAUUGGUUGGAACAUAUCAAAGCUGGUGUGAAGCCAUGUCAACUUACCCAAGAACAUACGAUCUUCUUCAUGCUGAUUCAAUAUUUACUAUGUACAACGACCGAUGUGAAAUGGAGGACAUAUUACUAGAAAUGGAUAGAAUAUUAAGGCCAGAAGGAAAUGUAAUAAUCCGAGAGGAUGUAGAUAUAUUGGUGGAAGUAAAGAAGAUAGCAGAUGGGCUAAAUUGGAAUAGUCAAAUUAUGGAUCAUGAAGAUGGGCCAAUGGAACGAGAAAAACUUCUUUUUGCAGUGAAGUCAUAUUGGACUACUCCAAAAACUCAAGAUUCUAAAAACACAACAAGACCAAGAUUCUAAUUUAUUGAAAUCACAAUUUUGUUUCUUGUUUAAGUUCACCUAAUGGUCUUGCUCAUUAUCUUCUUUUCUUCUUUUUAUUUUUUUAAACUUUUUGGAGUAAAAUGCAACAUUGCAAGAAUUUUUAAGUAGGCAUUUACUCCGCUGACUAAAUUUUGUAUAGUUAGUUUGUCAAAGCUUUUGAAAAGGACCUGGUUAUGACUAACAGACCUUUUUUUUUAUGGUAAACAUGACUAGUAGACUUGUUUCGCUUGAAAGUGCCUACUGAAGUCUUAUCAUUUGUUUCUUC